UAAAGGCACAUCCAUGAAGAAUAUUUAGUUUCAAAAGCUAUUCAGUUCGAUUAAUGUCUAAAAAGUUCUGUCAGCUCAAAUAUUAUUAUAAUAAAAAUGAAACUUUUCUGUUUUUUAACAACAUUUGUCCUUGUCAACGUAUUGGCAAAUGAUGAAGUGACAUAUAAGAAGGUAGUUUUUUUUACAAAUGCAGCUAUUGAGCUUGCGUAUAAUACAAAUGAAUUAAUUGAAGGAGACAAUUUUGUAACAAAUGGAUUGGAGUAUGUAAUUGAAAAAAUGGUUAAUGAUGAAGAUUCUUACAAGUCUUUCGCCAAAAUUAAUUUGAUGAUGGCUGUACCGGACAAAACGGACCUUGUCAAUCAUAUACCAAGCUUGGUUCCCUUUUUUCCAAUGCAUAUGCUUGGUAUGCAAUACCAGUUAUUUGUUCGACAAGAAAUAAGAGAUACAUUAGGAAUGGAAUACCUUUCACCAAUAAAAAAAUGCAUAAAUUACCAGAAUUAUAUGCAACAAGAAAUAAAAGACACAUUGGAAAUUGAUUUUCCCGAAGCUGAUGAAAGCCAAGAUUUUGGAAGCUUAGAUUUGACAAUCCUUGCAAAUCAGAGAAGACGUCUUGUUAAAACAGCUAUAAAAAAAAUAUUCAGACGUGUAAUAGGAACUAUGUUCGACCAGUUUUUUUUGGAACUAGAAGUUAGAGAUACAUUAAAUUUGGUAGGCUCAAAUUUGGCAACUCUUAUAGAAGAGAGAAGAGCUACUGGAACAUCAUUAGAAAAUACAAUCAGACAACGUGUAUUAGGAACUGAAAAUCCUGAAGUCGUCGAAGACCAAAAUGGAUCUAUACGUGAUUGCCCUUUAUUACGGUUUUGUCGUUUGAUGGGAUUAUACAUGAGUACACAAUUGCCAACGUUAUACAUAAAAAAAAUUUGGAUUGACUCCAAUGAGAAUACUUGUACUCUGGAUGAUGGAACUAUAGAAAGAAAAUUCAAAAAAAUCAAUGGCGUAUGGUCGCAAAUAAGCUCAACUACUUGAGGAGCUUGUUAAUAUAAUUUAGACCAUUAAUCAAUGGUAUAUUUUCUAAAACUUGUAUUAUACUAUUGUUAUUUGAUUGUAAUAAUUAUUUUUUAUUGCACUAAUAUUCUAUUUCAUAUUACACUAAUAGCCAUCAAAUUAUUUCAUAAUAAAUAUUGUACUUACAACUAUAAUUACAUUUGUUACUUAUGCGUAAAUUUAAAUAUAUACUUA